AUGCCAGAACCGAACGCAGGUACAUCACCCAGUGGUGGUGCCGCCGGUAGCGGUGGUGGAUUGUUCGGAGAAUGGAUGAAGACAGUAUUGAACAAUGGGGCAACGCCCCCGUCGACUCCUAAGAAAAUUACGGACAAGUUGAAGAGCAAUUUAGCUACAACAUUUGGAGAACUGAGGAGGUGGAUCACGGUGAAGGUGGAGUCGGAUGAAAUAAAGGAGCUCUGUGGGGGCGUAGGGGACCUUGUGAGCUGGGGAGGAUGGGGGAGAAAUCCUUAUAUGCAGAAUUUAUGUAAGGCGGUAGUCGAAAUAAGAUAUUUCAUAAGUAAUGUGGAAACAACGGGGAGUAGGUUCAUGGGUCAGGCCGAUGAGCGAGCACGAAUUGCGCCCCUCACUCCUGAUGAAGCCUAUCGUCGCUGCAUCGUGGGCGCUGUUGCCUUAUCCGCGAUGUAUGGUGAUCACUGUCAACUGACUGAAAUUAUUGAAAAAAUAACGAAGGAUGUCGACAGUAAAUUGGGGAAGCACUUGAGUUCGAAAGACAGGGCAAACUUGGAUGAAUGCAAAAAUAUUAGCGCUGCCGAAUUGAUGAUCGGUAGAGCACUUCUUCAUAAUACAAUCAAAACAUGGACGGAGGAAGAAAGGAUGAAGGGGGGGGGAGGAACCUGGAAGGUGAAGAUGCCAUGGAGGUAUUGGGCGGACGUCUGUAAGCAGAAGAGGGAAGACGCUAAUUUGCAACAGCAGAGAAAAGACAAUGCAGAAGUUAUGACGAACUUCCUGAAACUGGACAACAGGAAAACCGCAGGAAGUAGUGGCGGAACGACCCUAGCAGAAGUAUUAACCAAUGAAAACUUACAAUUAGACUCGGCUACAAUAGAGAAGGCACUUCAGGUCGCAGUAGGGGGAAAUGGUCAAGUGGAUCUUACAGAAAUAGACAAGGUUGUACGGGAGCUCAAUAAGGUAUCUGGGGAAAAAAUAGCUCAGGAAUGCAUGAAAAACAGCAGCAAGAAAUUUUGUGAGCGCUUGGACUGUGCAAAAGAUUAUUGGAAUUUGACGAAGGAGAAGAGCAGCAGUAACACGGGAGAUUUCUGGGACAGCAACGUCAAGGAGAAGCUGAACAGUCUCCUGUCUACUACGACUAUUAAUGCUGAUGGCACCACUGCUAACCUCUGUGAGAACGGUGACUUAGAUAGUGCAAAUAAGGCAGCUUGCAAACACAUGGCAAAAUUUUUGCACGAGAUGUACAAAAAUGGGAGUAGUGACCCUAACAAAUAUUCUGAACAAAUUAUAAAAUGUCUUUUAUUAAAAGCAUAUGCUGAAGAAUUAAAAAAAAAAGCAAAAGAAGGAGGGUACUGUAGCAUAGAUGAUGGAAUAAAGAAGGCAUUGGAGUAUGCUGAAACUAUUAAAGCAGCAAAUUGCAAUGGUAGUAGUAAACCAUGUGUUGAAUGCACAUGGAAGAAUGACGACGACUACAGCAAACUUGAUAAGUGCACCAUUGGCAGCACCACCACUGAGAGUGUAAAGAACAAAGUAGAAACAGUGCUCAGCAGCAGCGGAAAGACAAACCAAGCCGGAUUACAGAAAACCUUGAUUGCCUUCAAUACAAACAAUGAGUUAUGUGAAUGGGUAAAUUGUGCCGCAAAGCGAUGGAAAGAGAACAACCAGAACACGGGAAAGGAACAAUUUUGGACGAAGAGUGUCCAGCAGCUGUGGAAUGAAUUGGCAGGAGCAAUGAAGGGCAGUAAUUGGAACGGAAGAGGAAAUGGAUGUGAUCAAUUGAAAGGUACAACUCAGUCUGAACAGACGGCAUGCAAUUAUUUGCAUGCCGGCUUAGAAGCACUGUACAACGGUACGUCGUCGUCGCCGGCAGGCGGCGACGACAUCCUAUCUACGAAACACCCAUCGUUUAGACAAGCGAUGGGUUGUUUUUUACUUCAUUCCUAUGCAAAAUAUAUGAAAGACAAAGCAACUUGUAAUAUUGAUAAAGGAAUAAACACAGCUUUCGAGUCGUGGAAGAACCUGAAGGAUAAACCUGGAACUUCUUGCAAUGGUGCCACUGGCAAGGGACAGUGUGUCCCUUGCGAAUGGGAUAAGAACAACAAAUGGGAAAGUUGCCUUGAGGAAAUUACCAUAAAUAGUAAUAUAGCUGGCUCACAGGAUAAUGCAAAGAAGAAAGUGGAAGAAAUUGUCAAUGAGAAGAACGACACCAACAUAAAAGAAAUGCUAACUGAAAUAAAUGAAAUGACUUCUUUAUGUGACCAUAUGAAAUGUAUAGAAACCCACUUAAAUUCCUCUAGCUCACAACAGCAGAAGAAUCCGAGUGCGGAAGAGUUCUGGAAGGAGGGUGGCGGCGCAGUGGCAGAACUAUGGAAAGAAUUGGUAGACGCCAUGACGAAUAGUACAGAUAACGAAAAUCAAUGUAAUACAAUGGAUGAUUAUAGAACACCCACCAAACCUGAAAAGACGGCAUGCAAUUUUUUGCAUGCGGGCUUACAUAAAUUGUACAAUCCGACAGGAACGACUAAAAAUGGACUUUUGUCCAAUCCAUCGUUUAGACAAACGAUGGGCUGUUUCUUACUUCACGCCUAUGCAAAUGAAAUGAAAAAGAAGUCCAUUUGUGAGAUUGAUGCUGGGGUAAAAAAGGCAUUUGAUUCGUGGAAGAAUCCGGGGAGUAAACCUGGAACUUCUUGCAAUGGUCCCAAUGGCAAGGGACAAUGUGUCCCUUGCGAAUGGAAAAAGGAGGAAUAUAAGAAUUGCUCCAUUAACACAAAUGGAACCUCCACUGAGAAUGUUGAGGGCAAAUUGAAGGGCAUCAUCCAGGAGGAUAAGGACGUAGCAGUAAAGAAGGCAGCGGAAGCCGUAAAUACCAUGAACUUAUGUGAACGCGCAAAAUGUGCAGUGAAUUGGUAUAACAGGACCAAAGGGAAUGGGGUGACGACAACUGACUGGACUAAAAUGUGGACCGAAGUCAAGAAUGAAGUCACCUCAUUCGACAGCACCCUGCCUGACAAUGCGGGGAGCGACAACGAUACAGACACUCUGUGCAGGGAGGUUAAAUGUACGAACGAUGGUAAUGGAGAGCAUUGUGUAAGCAGGGAAACAUGCAAACUUAUUGUUAGAGCAUUGAAAGAGGUACAUAAAAUUGGGGAAGGUGACACAGUUUCUGGGCCACAAGAAGUGAAUAACCGAAUAUUUAAAUCUACCAUUCGCUGUAUGGCGCUCAAUGCCUUUGUACACAAAUUAAAAGAUCAGGCGGACAAGGGUGGUUAUGGUUGUGCUGUGGAGAAAGGAAUAAAGGGGGCCUUUGAUGAAGAUAAGCUGAAGAUUAAACGUGAAGAAUGGUGUGGGAAGAAUGGUAAUGAGAAGGGUUCAUGUGAGGAAUGUAAGGAACAGAUGUGUGUCAGUUCCAAAAUUGAGGGCCAGGAAGUGUGGAAGAAAGUGUUGGAUAUGUUAAACAAUGAUUCCAACACCAAAAUACAACCAACAUUGGACAAAAUAAAUGAGAAAGCCACUUUAUGUGAUCGCAUGAAUUGCAUAGCGAAUUGGUAUCAUGAAAAGGGGGGACAGGGGAAGGGGGAGGCCACAUUCUGGGCGGAGAACGAUGGAGAUGUCGCCAAAUUGUGGGAUGAAUUGUUACAAGCAAUGAAGGAUAGUAAAGGAACACGGGAAACAGAAUGUGAUAACACGGUAGAUGGAACUCGUUCUGACAAGACGGCAUGCAAUUAUUUGCAUGCCGGCUUCAAACAACUAUACCAACCGGAUACUUCGUCAGGAACGACUAGCAAUGGUAUCCUGUCAAGGGACAACCCAUCGUUUAGACAAACGAUGGGUUGUUUUUUACUUCACGCUUACGCAAAACACAUGAAACAAAAUGCAAUUUGUAAUAUUGAAAGGGGGAUAACACAGGCAUUCAAACUUGGGGAGACUCUCAGUAAGAGUGGUACUAAUUGCAAUAUCAAUGGCAAGGGACCCUGUGUCCCUUGCCAAUGGCAAGAAGACAUCCUUAACACUUGCACAAUUAAAACAAAUGGCAGCGCCCCGGGCGCUGGCCAAGAUUCGAAGGUAGAAGAGAAGUUAAAGACCACCGUCAAUAUGAACGACGACUCUAACAUUCAAACAAUGCUAACUAAAAUAAAUACCAUGUCCACUUUAUGCGAUGGUUUACAAUGUAUAGCAUCCCACUUAAAUUCCACAAACGGAAAACCAUCGAAUUCCACAACGAAAGACUUUUGGAAUAGUGGCGGCGAAGUACAAAAACUAUGGGAACAACUAUCCAACGCCAUGACGAAGAAUGGCACAAACAAUGAAGGUCAUUGUAAUAAGAUGGAUGAUUAUAGAACACCCACCAAACCUGAAAAGACGGCAUGCAAUUAUUUGCAUGCCGGUCUUAAAUACUUAAAGGAAAAUUCAACCCUUAAAACCAAUAACGGUGAAAUCCUGUCUAAGGACCCAUCGUUGAAACAAGCAAUGGGUUGUUUCCUUCUUAAGAAAUAUGCAGAAAAAAUGAAAGACACAUCAAAAUGUGUCAUUGAUUCUGGUAUAGAGAAAGCAUUUAAGGCAUGGAAUGAAGAUAAUAAUUCUACUUGCAAUGGUGGUGUUGGUGCCAGUGGCAAGGGACCUUGUGUCCCUUGCCAUUGGAAAGAAAAAGACUAUGAAGAUUGCAAUAUUAACACAAAUGGCAGCCCAACGCCAGUAAAGGACAAAUUAAAAGAAGUUCAGGACAAAAUUGACACCACCGCAAAUAACACCCUAAAGGACAUAAAUAAAAUGUCCACUUUAUGCGACUACAUUAAAUGUGCCGCACCCAAAUGGUUCAAAAACAAAGCAGGGAAUAGCGGUAACUCUACGCAGACUUGGUGUGCCUUUUGGGAUACGACUGUUAAAGACGAGCUGCAGAGGAUGUUCAAAGAAAUCGAGGAUAGAGGAAAGUAUACUAAUCCUGCAUGCAAUGAGUUUGGUGAUGGUAAUGAACAUAGUGUUGAAAGAAAAGCUUGUAAUCAUAUCACAGCAGGUUUAGAACACAUUAAAGACAUUACAAGUAGUACCUCCCAGUCUAAUGCUAGUGGUCAAGACAACCAACUGCUCGAUGGAGCAGUUGGUUGUAUUGCUCUUAACAUGUACGCUGAUCAAAUAAAAAAGGACUCGCAAGAGAAAUGUCCCAUUGAUGAAAAAACGAUUAGCGAUAUGUUCGAAAAAUGGAAUGAAAAAAAUAAUAAUAAAUCUUCGCCUCCAUGUAAUGGUGGUGGUGGUAAUAAUAAUGUUUGUUUUAAAUGCACAAGACAACCAAACUUUAGUAGUUGCGAACUUAGUGUUGACAGCUCUUUGGUGGAUAAAACAACAAAUGGAAAUUGCAAUGAUAAAGACAACACCGACAGAGACAAUGUCCAAACUGAAAUAAACAAUCUCCUCAACAACGAAUCCAACGACCAAUCCAACCCCAACUCCAUUAAAUCCAACAUAACGACCACCUUAACUACUAUCACUAAAAUGACCUCUUCUUUCUGUACUCAAGUCCAAUGCGCAGCAAAAAAAUACCACGUAACGCAUAAUGGUGCUAAAAGCAGCGAUGUGACUUGGAAUGCCUUGAGGGAUGAGAUCGGAAAGGAAUUAACGGAUCUUUUAAAAGAUAUGAACGAGGCUACAAAGCAGAAGGACGUUGAACAGUACUGCAAAGAUGACAGCAAAUGGAAUACUAGGGGCCAUACAGAAAGGCGAACAAAUAGGGCAGCUUGUUUGCAUUUUGCUGCAGGACUGCAGCACAUUUAUGGCCGUCCCAACGGCCAAAAGAAGGGCCAGUUUAACGGCCCAUCGUUUGGACAAACGAUGGGUUGUUUAUUUCUUAAAGAAUAUGCAAAACAAUUAAAAGAAAUGGCAAAAGAGAAGAGAAAAGGACAUAGUUGGGUACAUCCCUAUUGUAGUAUAGAUGAGGGCAUAAAACAUGCUUUUGAUAAAAGUAAAAACAUUAUGGAAGAAACAUCUCCAUGCAAUAAUGGUAAUAAUUCUUGUUUUGAGUGCAAACUGGGCGAAAAAUAUGAAGAUUGCAAAAUUGGCAAUGACGAUAUAGGAAGUAAAUCUAAUGAAUUGUUCAAAGACGAUCUAACGAAACAAAAACAAAUGGAAAAAACAUUAGAGAAUACAGUCUGUCCCAUCCUUCUUACGGAUCUCCUUACCCCUUUUCUUCCUUUGGCUCCUGUCUCCAUUGGUCUUUCUGCUAUGGCUUAUUACCUUUGGAAGUAUUUUGGUCCUCUUGGUAAAGGAGGAUCACGUUUCAGAAGAUCUCCUGCUCAAGCAUCUCGUCCAUCAGUACAGGAACAACUCCUCGAUCAUGUGCAGCAAGAUAGUUCACAUGAAUAUCAACUGGUGAAGGAACGAAAACCUCGUUCUGCUCCAACGAGAACGAAACGUUCUGGUCCCGUGAAUCGUCGAACGAUUAUUGAAAUUCAUUUUGAAGUGUUGGAUGAAUGUCAAAAAGGCGACACACAAUUGAACCAGAAGGAUUUUCUGGAACUUUUGGUUCAAGAGUUCAUGGGAUCGGAAUUUAUGGAAGAAGAACAGGUUCCUAAGGAACUUGUUCCUAUGGAAGGUGUUCCAAUGGAACUUGUUCCUAUAGAAGAGGUUCCAAGUUUAGGUUCCGGGUUACUGGUUUAG